AUGACCGCCCCAGCACCAUCGCGAGGCGCCGGCCAGACGCGACGAGUGCCCACAAUGCGACCACAACUCGGGCGACCCGCGCCUAACAGAGCUCAGACAGCCACACCGACGUUGACAGGCAGGAUAUCGCCGGCGGACAGUGUCGCAUCGUCGAGGACGCGUACCCCGAAGCGCAAAGCACCGGGCGACCUGGAGAAAGACACGUUCGUGGAGGAGACCAACAUCAACGUGGUGGUGCGAUGUCGAGGGCGCAAUGAUCGAGAGGUGAAGGAGAACAGCGGAGUCGUGGUGUCGACCGAUGGCAUCAAGGGCAAGAAGGUGGAACUGUCCAUGGGCCCAAGUGCACUCAGCAACAAGACCUACCAAUUUGACAAGGUCUUCUCGCCGGCUGCCGAUCAGGACAUGGUGUUUGACGAGGUAGUCAGUCCAAUCCUGGAUGAAGUUCUCAAUGGCUUCAACUGCACCAUCUUUGCAUACGGCCAGACUGGCACGGGCAAGACCUACACAAUGUCCGGAGACAUCUCGGACACUCUCCCCAUCCCAGAGGCAGCCGGUAUCAUUCCUAGAGUUCUGCACAACUUGUUCGCCAAGCUUGGAGAAGAUGGUGCCGAGAAGUUAGAGCACAGCGUGAAAUGCUCCUUCAUUGAACUGUACAAUGAGGAAUUGCGAGAUCUCCUUGCUGUCGACGAUAACACCAAGCUCAAGAUCUUCGACGAAGCCGACAAGAAUGGUCGAACCACGACUCUGGUACAGGGCAUGGAGGAGAGCCACAUCAAGACUGCCUCGAAAGGUAUCAAGCUCCUACGUGAUGGAAGCCACAAACGACAAGUUGCCGCGACGAAGUGCAAUGACCUGUCGUCACGAUCUCACACAGUGUUCACAAUCACGGUGUACAUGAAGCGCACCUCCGACACUGGAGAAGACUUUGUAUCCUCAGGCAAGCUCAACCUCGUCGACUUGGCUGGAUCCGAGAACAUCCAGCGUUCAGGUGCUGAGAACAAGCGCGCAGCUGAAGCAGGUCUGAUCAACAAGUCACUAUUGACGUUGGGUCGUGUCAUCAAUGCCCUGGUGGACAAAGGCAGCCACAUACCGUACAGAGAAUCCAAGUUGACACGCCUAUUGCAAGACUCCCUUGGCGGCCGAACGAAGACAUGCAUCAUCGCAACGCUGUCGCCUGCAAAGAGUAACCUAGAGGAGACCAUCAGCACACUCGACUAUGCUUUCCGCGCGAAGAACAUCCGUAACAAGCCUCAGAUCAAUCAGAUGGUCUCGAAGAAGACGUUACUCAAAGAGUUCACAGCCGAGAUCGAGAAGCUCAAGUCCGAAUUGAUUGCCACACGGCAGCGAAAUGGGGUCUACUUGACCAGCGAAUCAUACGAAGACAUUACGACAGAGUCGGAGUCGAGGAGGAUCUUGAGCGAGGAGCAGCGCGACAAGAUCGAAACCCUCGAGGUCAACCUACGGAAUAAGGUGCAAGAGCUGUUCUCGCUGACAAGCAACUUUCAGAUGCUCAAGAAAGACAAUGAGCAGACAAGAGCUUUGCUUGAAAGCACUCAAAAUGUGCUUGCGAAGACCGAGCUCGUACUCGAGCACACCAAGCAGGUCCUGGCCGAAGAGACUGGGCUUCGUAAAGCUCACGAGGAAACAGAGGAGAAGCUCGCAGUGCUUGGAGGUGACUUGUUGAGCACAUUAAGCACGACGACAGAACACGUCGAUAAGUUACACUCUAAACUCCGGAGGCGCUCGGAUCUUCAGGAUCUGAACCGGAUGCGAUGGAAUGAGUCUCAGAGUCAGGUCACUACAGCCACAAGGACUGUCGAGGAGCGCCUCGAGGGUUUGCGAAGCCAACAGGAAGGACUCCUGGCGGCGCUCUCCGGUCGCAUGCAAUCUUUCGUGGCAGAUGAGCUUCAAGAACUCCAAACCUCGCAAGACUUCCUCAAGCAGAAAGCGACGGCAUUCGAGGCAUCACAAUCAGAAGUCAACGCACAGACCAGCAAAGCACGAGAUGACAUGAACGAGGUGUUGGAGGAGAUUGGCAGCCUGAGGGAGGACGUGAAGCAGAAGGUCGGGGCUGGGCUUAACGACCUGUCCGCUGCAGCACAACGUAUCAGCGCCGGCAUCUCGACUGAGCUUGACGCCUUCCACGGACAGCUCCAGGACUCCUAUGUGUCGCUUGGCCGCGAGUUCAAGACCUUGUUUGAGGAUCUCAUUAGGCGAAUGAAUGAACAGCAGGCCGAAGCACAGAGAUUAAGGCAAGAGAUACUGGAAGCUAAUGCAACAUUUAUCGAGGCUGGGCAGUCGUCUCGUUCUCAUCUCCAGCAGGCUGUCGAGAAGGAACGCGAGAUUGCGGCGAAGGAAAGAGAAACACUACUUUCAUCGAUCACAUCACUUGUCAAUAACUCGGCGACUGCACAAGAGGCACGAAUGAAUGGGUAUCUUGAGACAGCUAACAAGCGCAUCAAGACUUCUGAAGACGACUACCGCGUAGCGGAGCAAACAUACGGUAGCGGCAUGGAUUCUUGGUCUGCGAACGGGCAACAGCUCAUCGACUCUUCUAUUAAGGCAAGAGAGUCCGUCAAGGCGAAACUCAAGACAGAUUGGACCAGUGCGAACGAAAGCACCAUCAAGAUCACCGAAACUACGAAUGCUGUCCAUGGGGAGACUGUUCGCAUUGUUGAUGGGCAGAUGGUGCAGAUGGACAGCCAACUUGUCGCGCUUGACGAGAUCGUGUCCCGAGUGCGAACACAGCAUGAGCACCACCAUGAAGCACAUACUGCCAGCCUGGAACAUCUCUCAACCAACGUCCAGGAAAGCUACCGCAGCAUCGGCAAUCAUUUCGAAACGUCAUACACCAGGACUCAAGCAUUGGACGCGGAUAUGCAGGAUCGCACUAACGCCCUGUCCCAGACGCUUUCAGCGCUGGACACCGAUAGCGACACCCGCAGGCCGUUACAAGAUCUCCGUGAAAGAAUGUCUGCUGCUGAGAUUGCAGAGUACGCCGCGACUGGAGAGACGCCUGCAAGAAUGCAGUAUGUCUAUCCGACGACGCUGCCACGCACAGAAAACCAUCAGACCUUGCUCAAUCGCAUGCGUGGCAUCAAAGAGGAGCCAGCUUCGCCAGCGAAGUCGCCUAGGAAGCGGUCGCCAACGAAACCGUCCCCGUCGAGAUCGAGAACAAGUCCCACGAAGCAGCCAUCGAGCCCGUCGAAGACCAACGUGUUUGCCGACACACCUCCAGCACUUACGUUCAGCGCUCCACCUGCGCACGAAGCACGACCCCAGACAGCAAGUAGCCAAAACAGCAGUUUACGCGAGCUUGAUGUUAACGUAGUGCCAGGACUCGCAACUGUCACCACUAACGGUCAGGGCGCUGAGGAGGGACUUGACAACUGCAAGGUGCCUGCUCCCAUUCUCCACAGACACAAGACUGACCCAGCUCCCGUGACUCAGGUCGACAGCAAAUUGCCAACCAAGCGUAGCGCGCGAAUGACAGUGGCGAGUGGUUUUGGUGUGGCGGAUGUAAGGGAGAAGGAGAAUCUCAACUUGAACGCGAGUGUUGGACCUGGUGGCAGUGGACGAAGACUGCGCAGUCGUGGGACAGAUUGA